AUGCCGGCCCAGCCGGCCACGAAUAGCAUUUUCCGCCACUCAAUAGGAAUACCUCGGUCAGUGAACACCUCACACAGUGGGAAUGUCGAUAUCGCAAUUGGCCUGCAAGAACCUGUAGUUUUCUUGCCGGCGAACCGAGGCGGGAACCUUUUUGGUCGUAGAAGACCCGCUAACCGCGGUGGAAGCGCCUCCCAUCGUGCGAGCCCGCCUCCCCAGCAGCCUGUUUCGGGGGAUUCCUCGGGCGGGCACUUAAGAUCCCCCCCUAGCGACGAGGACCUACCCACCUUCGAGGAGUCUACAUCAGCCAGUUCGUCCUCUGGGGCCGUUCUUAGAGGCUCUGUUGUUCUCAAAUUGUCAAAACCAACCCGUAUAAAACAGCUGAGCCUUGUCCUCUACACGGUCUCCCGUACCGUCUGGACCCUUGUCCCCCAGCCAACCGUGCUGGUCGACGCUCCACUGCCUACAGCAGCAGAACUGGAGGAUGUGGUCUAUCUUGCCCAACAUUAUUGGGAUUUUGUACCGUCUGAGGCGGUAAAACGUAACCACCAAGAGUCGAUGGCCAAAUUCGACCAAAGCGCCUCCACAGUGAUUCAAGACCAGUAUGGUGCCAACACUGCAAUUUUGCGCAACGAACCUACAAAUGUGCGUCAAAGUAAAACCAACAGAGUCAUACAUAGCAGCAAAACGUCGCUGCAGAAUGGCUUGCCCCUGUUUGCUCCGCUCGAAGAGCCUGUGCGUAAAGUCCGCUAUCCUCCCGUGGCUAGUGACAGUGUGCUAUACCCUGCCGGUGAAUACGUAUUCCAUUUUGGGAUUAUUAUGGACUCUAGUUGCCCGGAAACAUCGAAUGUGCCCAAUGGUCAUGUGAAACACUUUUUGGCUGCCCGCGUAGUGCGAGCAGGAGCUUUCAAUCCUAACGUCACGGGCAAACUAGAAAUCGAGGUUUGCCGCGCUCCCCCCGCUGCCGCGGAAGACCCGUCUUCCUCCCACGGCGUCGUUUUGUCGAGAGUUUGGGAUGAACGCUUGGUAUACAGCGUGAGUCUUGAUCAAAGAUACGUUGUUCUCAAUGAGCCGGUAAGGCUGUCAAUUUCCUUGCUUCCGAUGCCUGGCCUGGACGUAAUGGUACAUCAGAUUCGAGUAUACGCCUUAGAAUCUGUGUCGUAUCUGUUCUCCACGGAUUAUAGUAUUCACACAAACGAUCACUCGCUGAGACUGGGGCUAGUGCAGAUAAGUGCUCCCACGCAGAACUUGAAUGAAGAUUCACCUCCUUCUGCAUCCCGAAUGGGUACUCUCCUUCACCCUACCGAACCCACUCACAUCCAAUGCGAUCUUGUUAUGGCCACAGACUCCGACAGACCCAUUCACGCCUUGCCCCAAGCUUAUGGACGUGGCCGCAACGGAGAAAAACGCUUUUUGGAGCCAGAUAUGGUCUCUCCUUAUGUCAAAAUCAAACAUCGUCUUAUUGUCGGCUUGCGGGUCUCUCGCUAUGAUGAGGGCGAUGAGAAGCGAAGUCAUUUUGAGGUUAAAAUCGACACGCCGUUUGUGCUGCUGAGUCGUCACUGUGUGCAAGAGAGUAUAAACCUACCUGGAUACGAUAGUGGCAGUACCGACGCUCAAGAAGAUACACCUCCGACAUUUGACCAGGCUCUGAACCACGAAAUUGUGGGUUCUCCGUGUAAAUUUGUUGGCGACAAAGACGGUUCAGCCGAGCAAUCGUUAUCGGCCGUAGCUGCUGCGGCUACGGCUACUGCUGCGGCUACUGCUUCAGCAACUGUUGGAUCAGAAGCUAGCAGCAACCAAAGCUCUGACUACGAUGGAACAUCUGUGGUCCAAAGAGUUAAUAGUAAUGUUUAUGAUCAGCCGGCCUGA